UCUUACACACAUAUAAUACUCCUCCGCGUUUUUCCGAGUGUUUAUAAUUUUUUCAUCGUUUAUUAUUUUAAUAACAAGUGAUUUAAUAUGGCCGGUUCAAUCGAAGACAACGCAGCGUUAUAUAUGAAGAAGAAGACUUUUACUUAUGUACCGCCAUCACCUCCAGCCGAACUCAUCGAAUCCACCAGCUAUACACUAGACUUCGCAGCCCGUAAGUUUAUACAUAUUGGUAUUGACCCGAGUGAAAAAUUCAAAGUCGUUAUUCAUGUAUUGUCUUCUUCGCGGCACGUACUUAUUACACCAGACUUUAUGAAAAAAAUAUUCUCGUAUAUGGGACAUAUCUUAUCGUUCAUAUUAGACACACCACAAAAGUAUAAGCGAGUAUUGUUUUAUGAAGAUUAUGAAAUAAAACUAUCAAGUAUGGUGUAUACUGGAGAAAAUAUGUUGGUAAUCGAAGCGAAAAACCGCGAUGGAUGUAGAGUACUACUGAAUCGGACAGACCUUUUACGUCUUCAGUAUCUUGAAUGUUCAAUUUUCGAGAGCUAUGUGCGAAAAGUAGUAUUCACCGCUCCGUUAGUUAUAAAACAAUAUGAAGAGAUUUGUGUGUACCUAGACAAGAAAUGUACUCAUAUAAAAAAUAUGGACGAGAUGAUAGUUUUCAUUAAGAACAUACAAGACGAUCUAGUCGUUAAAUUUAUUCCAAAUUUCACCAAUCAAAUACAGAUGUACGCAGCUGAACAAUUAGCUGAAACUUUGUUAAAUCAGAGGGCGAACAACUCGCAUGAGGUAAUUAAAAAAUAU